AUGCUUGCUUAUGGAAUGUUGGAAAAAGCUGAACCUUGGAUUGAAAUUUUUGAAAGUUUCCAUUCCGAGUCAAUUAUGUGUCGAACUGCUGUGUGCAUGAUUUCCAUGGCUUAUGCAGGGAGUGGAAAUGUUGAAGUCAUCAAACGACUUUUGGAAAAAGUUGCUGCAGAUCCUAGUAGUGAUGUUAAACGAUUUGCUACAAUUGCUAUUGGUUUUGUUCUUAGCGGGAACCCCGAACUUUGCUUGAGUCAUACUGGAAUGUUAUUUGAACACAAAUGGUCAUAUUCGUUAUGGAGCUGCUAUUGCCUUAGGAAUUGCUUGUGCUGGAUCUAGAUAUAAGGAGUCCGUUUCUCGUCUUGAACCUUUGUUGCAAGCUAAAGAAAACCUUGUUAGACAAGGACUGAGUCUACAUAUUCAGAUGUUGUCGAGUUUUGUAAGACAAUUACCAAAACUAUUACUGAAAAGAGUGAAGAUACAAUUACUAAGUUUGGCGCAAUUGUUGCUCAAGGAAUUUUGGAUGGGGAUCUUACUGCUUUAGCAUCAAGCAAACAAUGAUGGAUGAUGAGGUUUGAUUUUAAAGGAUAAAGCUGGGCCUGUGUGUUUUCGCGGUCGGCCUUCUAGUUUGAGGAUAGGAUGUUUUUUGAGGAUAGCAUGGAUUGUCUUUGGAGGUGAAUUUAAGGUUACGCAGUCUUAACAGGGGAUGAGCUUGGGUCAGGAAUGAGCUGUUUUGGUGGGGAUGUAAGCAGGAAUGAGACGGGGUAUGGAUAGACUGUCUUGGGGUGUAUUGGAGCAUUGAUGGGCUGUCAUGGUGGCGGGAUUAACUGUUUUAGGGUAGGCUGGGAAGUGGAAGGGCUAUUUUGCGGGAGGGUGGAUUAACUGUCUUCGAGUAUGCUGUGGGCAGGGACGGUCUUUCUUUCGCCUUUUUUGGAAGACAGAAAUUUUGCAUUUAAUUUUAAUGAUAUUAUUCAGAUAUGUGAUUCAACAACAAAUACGCCUCGUACAUGUGUGGCUGGUGGCUCUGAAACAUCAACAGCUACACCGAGACCUUUUAUUGCAAGAAGUGUUAAAAAUGAGCAGUGGAUUGCGACGA